CCAUCUCCGCAUCUUAACUAAAUGAGAGAGAGACUGAACAAAAAAAAAAAAAAAAAAAAAAAGCCGCUCAGAUCUCCGAUGAAGAUGACGACGACGAAGAGCAAUCAGAUCCAUCUCUGACACUCAAUCUCACAAUCACAAUACUUGCUAGAAAUGCAGAAGACGGCACAAGCAUGGUUCAUUGGAGGUCCGAGCACCGCCAACUCCAACGGCCAUUGACAAAAGCCUUCGUCUCUACUGGCCCUCCCAUCCCAAGAAUAAUUGAAGAGAGUUAUCUCCAGUCACCAACAUUGGCAUAAAAAAAGUAAGAAUGGAUAAAUAACACAUAAAUCGAGGGCUUGCGGAUCCUCAUACAUAUAUGAAAUCAGAAAAAUCAAAGUUCACAAAACAUGAACAGAGGUCAAAGAAAUUCAGAUCAGGCUCACGGAACAAGAAAGCCAAGAAGGAGAAGAAAGUUGAGUUUGAUAAUUCUUCAAACCCCGUUGGUUCCGCUGUUAAGUUUGAAAGCAAGCAGCUACCGCCAAAAUAAAAAAUAUCUACAUCAAAAUCGGAGAAAACAUCUCAAUUAAAUGUGGUUGGAGAAUAUAUAUCAAUCGAGGGUUUUCUGGUUCUCUUCCUAUUUGUAUAUUUCUUAUCUUUUGGUUUAUUAAAUAUAAUAAAUAACAUGGGUUUGACUUCGGUUUUAUGGGAGAUUUUUAACAAAUCCACCAUGGGUGAUGUUUUAAGAGAGUUGAUAAUGUUUAUCGCACCUUUGUGGAUUGUUGUGAUUGUUGGGAUAUUGGUUGGCUGGGCGUGGAAGCCCAAAUGGAUCAAUCUGGGUUGUAGAGAUUUGGUGGAUGCUUCACUUUCCAAGGUUUCGAAUUCAUCUUCUAUUGGCUUGGCUUCUAUUCCCAGCCUCAACUUUUUGAAGUUUCAGUUCCCCACUUGCAUAUCCGGGGUUUCUGAUGAUGGGCUUCAAACGAACAAUUUCAACAACCAAUCUACCAUCAGUUCUGAUUCGGGUUCUGAAAUCUUUGGUCAAGGACGAAGAACAGGCAGGGAGGUUUGUGAAGAAGGAAACAACAAUAAGGAAGUGGAAGAGAUGAAGAUUGAGCCUAUUGAAGAGAAGAGCAAACUGAAAUUUGAUUUUGAAAAGCCAAAUCACGAUGAUGGAAUAGAUAAUGCCUGUAAACCACCAAAACCUGGAGUUCCUAAAGUGGAAAAAACUGCUCCCUUUUCAUCGAAUUCGUUUUCUUCUCUAUUCAGUUCUACAAAUUCAUCAUGAGGUUCGCCUUCUCCGCCUCGGUUGUUUUUGGUGUUCUCCUAAGAAAAUUAUCUAGCCAAAGAGCAAGGAAGAUUGAUCAAUGAUUAGUAAAAACGAUGAGUUCUUAUCGGAUUUGGGUAUUUUCUCAGUGAAAGAGCAAAAGAUGCUAAAGAAGGCAGUGAAGGAGGAAGAAAAGGUUAGUCGAGAGGCAGAAAAGUUCGUGAAAUGGGCAAGACAAGCGUCAAUGAGAAUGAGCGCGCAUGACAUUGAAGAUUGGCUCAGCGAUGAUUAGAGUGCAAACUAAUGAGUAUAGUUUAAGGGUUUUGAUUUUUGUUUAAAUUCAUCUUUAAUACUGUAAGCUUUUCUGUUUUCUCUUUGAUGCUAUAAAUAUAUAGUUGCGUUGUAAGGGUGAUAAUCUUUUCAAUAUGCUUAUAUACAUUUUGAGAAAUAUA